AUGACGUCACUGAUCAAAACAUUCGGCGUUUAGUCUUCAAUGCUGGAAACUCCAGUUCAUAUCAUAGUGUUAUUCAAUUAUUUAUCAUCAAAAUAGUGACAUUGAUAAAGAUCCAAGUUUUCCUCAUUUAAUACUAUAUUUACAUUUUGUGUUCACUAGGUUACAAAGUGCGAAACACCUACUAAAAACUUGGAUUAUUUCGAAACUGUGUCCCUACAUCUAUAGCCACAGAGAACAUCUCAUACAAAGGCACCUCUAACGAAGUUGGCGGUUCACCAUUCACCACCAUCAUCAACGGUCCCCCCGGUCGAGAGUCAACGAGUCUGGAUAAAUUCCCUGAAACCUGCCUCGUUCCUCAGUCAUUGUUUAGCAUUCAACGGCAGCAGAAGCCACUCGCGAGAAAGAACAACACGCACCGGCAAAACGGUGGUGAAUGAAAAUAUAAAUAUAAACUACUGAAAUAGUAGCCCCCAUAUACCUACCUACAUAUAGUUUGCAUACCGAGUCAGCACUAAAGAAGUUGUUGAAAACGAAACCACGAAACAAAAAAAAAACAACAAAGCAUUUCGCGUUGGACUUGCAGUUCGAGUGAUAGUGCACGAACAAGAGUACGGGAGUAUCGAAAGUGUUUAUAAAGGCGUUCCACCGAUUGUAACGGAAAUGGCGCAUCAGGUCCAGCAGGUUUUCAAAACGGCACUCAAGGUCACGGGCCCGGCAAGGUCGAUGUCGACCGGUGUCAUGGGAUCGAUAGAUGCUAACGUCUCGCCAAAACGGUCGCAAGGCAUCCAUCUGUCGGUCCAGCGUGACUAUCCUGCAGCCGCUGCUCUGCCCUUGCCGGCCAACAUCGAUCCAACCGAGACGACUCGCUUCUCCCCCCAAAGGACUCGAGAUAUCAACUCGACGGCCAUUCUGACGCAUCAAUCUUCCUACGUGGCAAACCACAUCGAUGUCACGGUGGACAACUCCAGCUCUGCUGAUCCGCACGUGCAGUCCUACGAUUGCCGUGGUGCGGUCAGCCUAAACUCCGCCAUGCAAAGUAACGUCCCAAGCCCUUUCGGGGGAAUGCACAAAUUCACGCACCUGAACAUGCCGGGCGGUGGAUGGGCCCAGGAAGGCAAAUUCCUUGCCCAGGAUUUGCACUCGUCCCACUAUAUGAACCUCCGCAAGGAAGUGCGCUCCGAUUGGUCCAACUACGAGGCCAAACCACAGAAAGGUACAGUCGGCUUGCUUGAAAGCUAUAACAAACUAAUGCUCAAGCAAACUUUGGCAGCAUUUGGUAGUAACGGUAACCUUAGGCACGUUUCACUAAAUCAUAGCGCAUUGACAAAAGAAAUUCCAAAAGACACUAAACAAACGACUGAGGAACAGGCCUCGACGAUAGCAGCAGGAGACUCGUCAACCGCGACGACUCCUCUGACACGUAAAGAACAGCUCAAAAAAGCGGUCAAGGAAUACGGUUCCACCGUGAUUGUGUUUCACGUGGGGAUCAGUCUGGUUUCCUUGGGUGCUUGCUAUCUUUUGGUCUCUAGCGGAAUAGACAUGGUGGCCCUGUUGGAGCGCUUCGGAUGGGGUGACUCGGCACUGGCCAGCAAAGCGGGCGCCGGCGCCAGCACGUUUGUGAUCGCAUAUGCAAUCCAUAAAGUAUUCGCACCGGUUAGAAUUAGCAUAACUCUAGGCGCGACGCCAUUCAUUGUGCGUUUCAUGCGCAAACGUUUCGGAAAGAAGUAGAAUACAUACAGUUAUAACACAGAGUUAUAAGGUUGUUUUUAGUGCUAACCGCAAGGUUGAAGGCGUUGACUCGCUUGGCGAAGCAUUAGGUUAUGGUGUUUUUUCUACUUGUACUGUAGCAUUUUAGUAUUCUUGCUUUUGAUAGAUUUAAGUUUAAUUUGAUAUAUUAUUGAUAGAUUAAGAUUUUU